AUGGAAGCCCCAGCCGACGAGGAGGCGACUCAGCGGUCUGAAACUGCGUCCUAUUACGAUAGUCAGGAUACAAGCAUCGCUUUCAACUCCGGGCAGUGGCUGCCUAAUUUCACGCUGAGAGCUGUUCGUCGCAGGCCGGCUCGCCAAGCAAUCUUCGAGGGACAGUUCACUGGGAACUGGCCGCAAGGACUCAUCGAAUACACUCUGGAUUUUCUGGGGACAGAAUAUCACUGUCUGAAGCAUUGCUCCUUGGCCGCCCGCUGCUUUCUUCGUGCCACACGGGUCCACCUUUUCAACGUUAUUUACAUCAAGUCUGACGAUGAUUGCACUGCAUUCAUGGAGUUCCUCGACCGCUACACACCUGCCACUGGCAUCGACAUCAGGCAGUAUGUCCGGACGCUGGUCUUACAGGGGUCUCUGUUCCGCUUCGUCAACAUGCUUCAAUGCGCGCAGUCCUUCCGCACACUGGAGUAUGUCAACGAGCUUCGGCUUCGCUAUUGGGACUCGAGGCCACUGCCGGAAAAUUUCUGCAAAGCCUUCGCAAUUGCAUUUCCCCAGGUCACAAGCUUGCAGAUGCUCAAUGUUGAGUUUAUGUACUCAAGAGACUGCUAUGCGCUGGUGUGCGCCUUUCCCCUGUUGACGGCCGUCUACGCAGAAGAUUGUCCUAUAGAGGACGUCGAGUACGCUGACAUCGCGGAUCUUUUGGUCGACGACAGUAUGUCCCAGAGUGGAAAGCCUACAGAACGGCGCAUCAAGAGUCUCUCUGUGUCAGCAGAGCAUCGCACAGAGGAAACCGACACAGCGCCACUGGGGCAAGUAUUUUUUCGCGACCCAUUCAAGCUAGACCUCGAGCGCCUGCACGUCUGGCUACCAUACAGCCAUAAUCUUUCACUUAGCAUUCAAUUUGGCAAGUGGAAUGAUCUUGACUUGCGGGAAUGCCUCAGGAAGAUACGUGUCGAUGGACUGAAGCAUCUCACCAUGGGCUCAUUCAAGCCGUCACAAAGAGACGACGACACCCUUCUGGCCUUCGAAAUCCUCGCGAGGCUUGACACCGAGGCGAGCGACAUGCAGACCAUUACCCUGAGGGUCAUGCUGGAGGACAACUUCCACAAGCUCAGUGGCUACCCAUGGGCAUCCCUCCAUGAAUAUCUCCUCCUAAACAUGCGGCAGCACCCUCGGCUACAAGUGGUGAUCGAAGUCUGCAUCCAGGACGCGAGGGCCAGGGUAUGCCGCCGGCGCUGGCCUAUUCUAGACGUCCUCAGACAGCGGUUGAAGCCACUGAUCGACGCGUGCAAGCCGCUCGAAAUACAGAAUCUGACAGAUGCCGCUCACCCAGAGAUAGGAAAAUUCAUAUUCAAGGCGAGCGAUGUUACGUAUCAACCGGACGCGCUAGUACUGCAACCAGGACUCAAUUUUCUGGUACAAAAAAUCAGAUUAGAUUAG